UGCGUACGAAUGAUGGUCCUUCGAAAAUCUCUUGUCAUGUAUUCUGCGCCACUCUUAUCGCAUACGUAUGCGUAAAAUAUCCCUCGCAUUACAACGAGCGGAAAGGUGGUACGUGUUUUGGCGCGAAGACCCGUACAUAACCUUAAAUUAAAAUCUUUUUAGUUCUUACAAAGGUUGCUUUAUGAAAAUAAAAGCCUUAAAAAUGAAUGAAUUAGUUUUUAUCGAAGUACUAGACAAUCUAGCAGUUGUAGAAGAUCAGGAUGUUGCAAGGGAACGUCGACGUCUGCGAGCAAAUAUUUUUAAUCCUUUAGAAUUAAGUGAUUUUCAAUUUAUUCAGAUGUUUAGAUUAAACAAAGACCUUUUUGAUUACUUAAAAAAUAUGAUAGAACCAUACAUGAGACCGCAGUUAAGGAACACAGACCUCAGUAUCUCAACAAGGAUUUACACUGCUUUGAGAUUUUAUGCAACAGGGAGCUAUCAAAUGGAUAUAGGGCACAACCAAUAUAUAGGAGUCUCCCAACCUUCCGUAAGUCGAAGUGUGGGAGAAGUAACGGAUGCAAUAAAUACUCCAGAGGUAUUUAAUCGUUGGAUAAAGUUUCCUAGAAAUUUGGAAGAACUAAAUGCUUGUAGAUUACGGUUUUUUCAGAAAUUUAAUUUUCCUGGGGUAAUUGGCUGUAUAGACUGUACCCAUGUAGCCAUUUUCCCUCCGAACAUUGAGCAUCCCCAAUAUCCAGAAUAUGUUUACAUCAACCGUAAAGGGUUUCAUUCUAUUAAUGUUCAAAUAAUAACUGAUGCUGAUAUGAGAAUAAUUAAUAUAAAUGCAAGGUAUCCUGGAAGUACGAAUGACGCCUUUAUAUGGCAGAAUUCUAAUUCACAUAAUGCGAUGAGGACUUAGCUGAUCAUAAGGACUACUAUUUAUUAGGUAAGUUAUAGAAUAAAAAUAAAUACUUACAUCUGAAACAUUUCUUUUAAAUUUUCUAUUUUUCAGGUGAUUCUGGUUACCCUCUGCGUUCAUAUUUAAUGACGCCUAUUGAACAAGAGCCCAUCCCAAAUACACCAGAACAUCGCUACAAUUUAGCCCACAGAACCACCAGAAGCAUUAUAGAGCGUGUUAAUGGAGUGCUUAAGAUGCGCUUUAGAUGCCUUACCAAACAUAGAAGUCUACAUUAUGCACCAGAAGUUGCAUGCCGUAUAAUAAACGCAUGUGCAUUAUUACAUAAUUUGUGCAUUGAAUUCAAUAUUCCCGUUCCUGAAGAUGAGGAAGUAGAUGAAAUAGAUCUUAUUAUAGGCGACGAACAUAACUUGGUUGACGAAGACAAUAUAAGAAGAAUAAACCCUGAUCUUGCAGAAGGUCGAUUAGCAAGAAGAAGGUUAAUACAACAUUUUUAAAAGCAAUUUAUUUUUGUAAUGAAAAUUGAAUACAUAAAUCCAAUAUUAACACAAUGCUUAUUUUUCUGUAAUAACAUUCUGAUAUGGUAACAUAAAAUCAAAAAUUCUUGAAAAUGAACGCA